AUAAUUUUCCUUUGAUUUGAAAUAAGACUUCCCUUUGGUUGCGGUUUCUCAUGCAUUUAUAUCACCUCCCUUCCCUGGUCUCUCCCCAUAAUCCUCUCACUCUUUGCAGUAGUAAGUAGUACCGUCUCAAUCACUCACUGUUGGCCAUGGAAAACCAAAACCGUCUCAAACUUCGAAUCUCUCGCAUGUUCCGAUCCUCAUUCGGGUCGUGCAGGACUCGUAACCUAACCGAUGUAAUGGAAAAAGCGGUGUUUGCACCACCCAACCCCAUCGAAGUCGAACAACCCUCCCCCAAAACCAUCAACAACACUUGCAUCCUGUCGUUUAAGGAUUCUCUUCCCAGGCGCAAAAUCUCGGAGUGGUCAUCACCUUUUGUCUUGGGUGGCGGCAGCAAAAACAAAAACAACAACCUCAACCUUAACCUCGGUGUCAUGCCGUGCCCACCCACUUCCUCAAACAUUUCCCUCAACACAGUCCACGAACAAGAUUUCGGUUACGACGACAAAAAGAAGGUUUCAACGAAAAACUCGAGGACCAAGAAGAAGAAGAAGAAGAAGAAGAGACGUGCCCAGAACAAAAGGGAGUUUUUCCCUUUCAAUUCAUGCGCCAGAGACACCAACUUUGGUGGAUACUGGUGGUAUAGCAGCGACGAAGAUGACGAAACCGACACCCUUUUCUCCUCCAAAAGCCUCUCCUCGGAUUCCUCACGCUCCCGGCGCCGAUGCCGGCGCCGCGAAAAUGACCGGAGCUCCGACAUGGGUGUUCUGCCGCUGCACGGGAAGGUGAAGGACACGUUCGCGGUGGUGAAGCGCUCCAGCGACCCUUACAGUGAUUUCAGGACUUCGAUGCUCGAAAUGAUAGUCGAGAAGCAGAUUUUUUCGCCCGCGGAUUUGGAGAAUCUCUUGCAGUGUUUUCUGUCGCUGAAUUCGCAUCACCACCAUAAGAUCAUUGUCCAUGUCUUCACCGAGAUUUGGGAGGCUCUGUUCUCUGACUGGUUUUGAUAUUAGAGAGAGAUUAAAUAAGAGGGAGAAAGAAAAUAACCACUAUCUUAUCUUCUUUCUCUCUGUUAUUUGUGUUAAUGUUAAUUAGUUCGUUCCUAAGGGAAUUAAUUAGUUCAGUCCUUCUAACUUGCUUUGCAUGUAUGAUAUGAUAUUCCAUCUUCUGCUUCUCAAUUUUAUUACUGAA